AUAGAUGAUUCAACAUGUGUUACUCUUGGAGAAAACAAGGACUACAUCAAUGUUAGUUAUAUUAAAAUAGUCAAUUCUGGAGAAGUAUUAUUAUAUUGCUACCCAGGGACCACUGCCAACUACCACAAAUGACUUUUGGCAAAUGGUUUUGGAAAAUAAUGUUAUUGUCAUGAUAACCAGAGAGGUAGAAGGUGGAGUUAUCAAAUGCCACCAUCACUGGCCCAUUUCUAUGAAGAAACCUUUGGAACUGAAAAAUUGUCAUAUCUUCCUGGAGAACUACCAGAUACUUCAAUAUUUCAUCAUUCGAAUAUUUCAAGUUGUCAAGAAGUCUACAGGAGCUAGUCACUUUGUAAAACACUUGCAGUUCACCAAGUGGCCAGACCAUGGCACUCCUGCCUCAGCAGAAGGUUUUAUAAAGUAUGUUCGUUAUGUGAGGAAGAGCCACGUUACGGGACCCGUCAUUGUUCGCUGCAGUGCUGGCGUGGUCCAGACAGGGCUGUUCCUAUGUGUGGAUGUUGUGUUCUGUGCCACUGAAAAGAACUUUUCAUUCAACAUCAUGAAUAUAGUGGGCCAAAUGAGAGAACAACGUUAUGGAAUGAUCCAAACAAAGGAGCAGUAUAUCCUUUGUAAUAAAAUUGUGCUUGAAGUUCUUCAGAAGCUUCUGACUUUAAAGUAAGAAAGACUUCUGUUGCUUCACACUUGAAAUUACCAAGUG